AUGGAAAUGGAAACAUCACAGGGCGCCAAGUCUGCACAGCUGCCAGAAGUUCGAUUAGCGCCAAUGAAGUUACAAGACACACUUAGGGAUGUUGUAAUAGAUGAAUUCUCCGUCGCAGUAUUACAGUGUCAAAUCAUAAGCAACCAACCAACGGAUAUAUUUUGGUACAAGGACGGAGAGUUAUUAACUACGUCGCAAAGGAUUAAAUUGUUAAAGAGCAACUAUUGGCACCAACUCGAGAUCUCACCAGUCUCGAUGAGUGAUAGCGGAAUAUACACAAUCAUUUGUACGGAUGGAAGGACCCGCUUACAUUCUAAAUGCGCGCUGUAUGUCAAAAAUAUAAGGAACAUUCACCUCAACGACAGCGUAUUUUACUUCGCACAAUGUCCUGAGGAAAUUGUUGUACUGCGGCACAUCCGAGAUAUUUCUAUUUUCAAGGGUGAGCGAAUUAGACUGGAGUUACUGUUGAAAAAGGGAAUCGUCGAUGAGUAUGAGUGGUACAAAAGCAAUUGUGGCGUGUAUAACGAUAAAAGAACUCUUAUUAUGAGUGGGGAUGAUUAUUCGACACUUUCGAUACCGUGCGCUGUUGAAACGGAUUCUGGUCUCUAUCACGUUGCAGCGAAAAAUGAACAAAGUAUCGUGAGUAGUUUCGCCAAAGUCAUCGUUACGGACGCCAUCGACAAUAGGGAUCAUAUACCAGUCAUAGUUGAACCGUUCCCUGAUGAAAUAGAAUCAAACGAAAGUGAAGAAUUAAGAAUUAUGUGCAGGAUCAGGGUUGAUUCAGAGACAAUGCUGAGUUGUGAAAAAAACAGAUUUGAAAUAGACAAUGACGGGAAAAUACGGCAAGAAGACUAUGGAAAUGGAUACGUAGGAAUGACCUUUCUAAAUCCCGAUUUUCAAGAUACGGCCGAUUAUACAAUUGCGGUCCGCCACGCAUUGACGGGCAGAAGUGACUCGACGAGUUGUCGUGUUAACUUCAUCGAAAGUGAACCUCUAACUAGCAACAAGCCUAAGCUUGUUCCGACAUUGUUAAAACCUUUGGACACGGUGGUAGCCUGUUUUGGCUCUCAAGUCGCACUCAAAUGUAGUUUUGACCUGAAAGAUACUGAGUUCUUCUACGUUGUGUGGCAUAUCGGACGCUACAGAGUUGAGCGUACCAAUCAUCGUUUUAAUGUCGUAUGCAGCAACGGCGAAUUCUAUUUAAUUAUAAAACGGCUGGUACCCGAAAUGGCUGGUGUUAUUUGCUGCGAGCUUCGCCGUUAUCAACCCAGUCGAAAAUCUAUCUUUGUGACCAGAACCAUAACUAACCUGUUCAUAGUGCCACCAACCUACUUCAUGAAGCUGAUUAGGCUGCAAGCAAGGCUGGGACGCAAAGUCUGCUUUAGAACGUGCUCGGAGAUAGCCAAGAAGUCCUAUUUAAUGUACAAUUAUAAUAUUCCGGCUGGACCGUGCAACAGCCGUCAAGUUGAGCCUUUGCUGGAGGCCCUGGAGGUUGAUUUUUGCAGAUUGGAAGAAGACGGCCAUUGCUUCCUAGAAGUAACCAAACGCAGCAGUAACAUAAACUGCGACUCGCUCUCUGUGCAUAAAAAACACGGGGAAUCGACCAGCGCACUGGAGCAAAUGCAUCAAGGCGUUGACCAACUGAUUGUUAUUCAAUGGGCUAUGCUGCAGCCACAUUAUUGGUUUGCUAUUGACUGCCUGCAAUCUAAUGGCAGCUUCGACGAGGCUGGGCUCACCAGUGUGCCACGGAUAGAAGUGGAAAAUCCACCGCUUGAAAGAGUCCUAAAACUCCGGAUUAGGGCUGUGACCCCUGUUGAUGCCUUCAGCCAAUCUACUGUACGCAUAACACCACCUCGCAAUGAUGCCCCAAGAUCGUAUAAGAUUUGCGAGUUAAAGGAUAUCAAAGAUUUUCGUAAGAGCUUCCGUCAGACUGGUGACAAAAUAGGGUCCGGCGCAUUUGGGAGCGUUUUUGUCCUAGAGCAAAAUAACGGACACUACUUUGCAGCAAAAUUAUUGAGGACCAGGGUUGAUAAAAGAAGAGAGACCGCCAUGAGAGAAUUUGAAAUGUUAAGACAGUUAAAGCACCCCAGCUUAUGGGGGGGAGAACUUUUUGAGCGGGUCAUCGACGAAGAACACAUAAAAGAAGUUGACGUUAUACCUUACGUGCGGCAGAUCUGCGAAGCAUUGCAGUACAUUCACUCCAAAAGGAUGGUACACUUGGACAUCAAGCCAGAGAACAUCAUCUGCAUGAACCCCAAUUCGCGACAAAUCAAACUAAUAGAUUUCGGCCUCGCUCGGAUCUUGGAAGAAAAUCACGUCACCAAGGCUAUUUACGGAACCAGGGACUAUAUCGCACCCGAGGUCCUUAAUUACGACGUAUUGACGUUGACAUGUGACAUGUGGAGCUUGGGUGUCGUAACUUAUGUUCUGCUGUCUGGUGUUACGCCGUUCACUGGGAACACUUGGCCGGAGCUGUCAGCGAAUAUCACACGAGCCACCUACAACUAUGACGAGACAGCGUUCAAGGAUGUAUCGGACGUGGCUAAGAAUUUUGUGGAUAGCCUUCUAGUUUUGGAACCCUAUGGCCGGAUGAGCGCUACAGAGGCUCUGAGACACAAGUGGAUUGUCGAGGGGCCGCCGAAGGGAGCCGACGCAGCACACAUGACACGGGCCAGGCAGAAUCUCAAAACAUAUCUCGCUGAUUACCGUGGACGCUGGCAUCGUGCUGGUAAGGUGAUGAUAGCAGCUAAUCGGCUGCGGAACCAAGUAGACGAAAAGGAUGGUGCAAGCUCGGCGGAAUCCACGGAUCAAGUCACU